UGCCUUUUGACCAUAAUGGCCAGGAAAUUGACCCAAAAACCGCUGACCUUUCCAUGCGCCUGGAAGACCUGGAAGAGGUAGGGCCGCAAGGUCCAGAUCCCCACCUCAUCAUUCAGCCGCCGGUUGUAGGCACUCCCGACCUUAUCCCCAACUGCGAAGGUUACUGGGUCCUUUUCUUUGAACCGCCUGAGUUGAAUGAUGAGGGGUUGAUUGAGGAACCGGACCGCUUCGGCCAUGAUUACAAGUUCCUCAUUACCCGACAGCCCUUUGACCUGGACGGGGGGCACAACUCCCCCCCCGGCCCAGGGAGUCCAGCAUCCUGGCCCCGGUCGGUGUCUAGAGCCACUGACCGGGGCCUCUUCAUAGAAGGGGGUGAAGCAUGGCCAAUGAACGGUGCGGCCGGUGCGGCGGGAUGUUGGCGGAAGAUUGCCAGUUUCCAGGUGAAGUAA